CCCUUCGGGGCUCGGCGGGAUCGCUGUGGGGACAGAAUGGACCUGCCAUUGAGAAGGACUGUGAUCUGAUGGAUUCUGAUACAGGCCCAGGUGCUUUGGAAAAGCUGACUCGCAAGCACAAGGCCAGCAUCUCUCCCGUCCGCUGCCCUCUUGGAAGCUGGCUUUCUGGACUUCCCCUCCACUUUCCAUUUGUGGCCCCGGCUCCUGGGUGCUCCCAGACUCCAGCCUUUCCUGGUUCUCUGACCUUUGCCCGGGGCCGGUGUUCCGCGGAGCUCAGUUUGGGAAAGCGGAGUUGGUGACUGUCGCUUCCCCUCAGGGCCUGGCGCGCCUUCCCACGGGGAUUCUUGAGGAGAGCACGUGACAUGAGAGUCCACGGAGCGGGCGCCGCGCCAUGGCUGCUCUGAGGCACAGCCGACCCCGCUGCAUCCGGGCCGCGCUCAGCUCCGGCUUCCAGAAGAGGCAGAGGAACGCCUUCCGUCGCUUCAAGGCCAACCACAGAAAGAAUCACAUGGACUUAAUCGAAGGUAUCUGGAGAGAGUUUUUAGAUCCUUACGAUGGCGAUUCGGACGAUCCCCCCCGUCAUCCCGCCUCCGGCUUCAGCGACUGUCCUCGGGGGGCCGUGAGCCGUCCGGGGUCUCCGCGCGCACUCAGGAGCGGGGGCCCCGGAGGAACCAGCUCGGAGGAGCCCCCCGCGUCGAAGCCCCCAGGCCGCCCGAGCCGGGGCCCCGCGCCCCUGGAGGCCGACGACGUGGACAUGCAGCCCGCGGAGGCCGGCAGCCCCCAGGCCCGGGGGCGGGCGGCCAGGCGCUCGGGGUCCCCGGACGAGGACUGCGGGAUGUGGGAGGACCGCUGGCCCCGGGCGCCCGGCCCCCUCCUCCCCGCCGCGGGGCCCCCCGAGCCUGGCAGACACGCGCAGGGCCGCGGCAGAGCGGCCCGGCCACCCCCCAGGCUCGGCAGCGAGAAGGACAAGGGGCCCAAGCUCACCCUCUCCAAGAGGAAACUGGAACUUUUACUUGCGGAGCCUGAGAAAACGAAGAGAAAGAGGCAGUAUGUGGCCCAGAGCGAGCAGGCAUGAACUGAGCACGAGUCUGGUGCCGGCGGCCCACACGCCCCAGGACCGCGCUGUUCCCCAGAGCCAAUAAAGGGAGGCCUGCCCGAGGACCAGGA